GAGAGAGAGAGUUUACAUAAGUUGCGCGUGGCGAUAAAUACCUGGAGUUGAGAAGGUCCACAAGAGUUGUCGUUAAGGUGGUGAUCGUCGAGAAAGUUUAUCCAAGAAGUUGUCUUUAUGGCACAAUGUUCUGCAAUAUCCAAAGCGUGAUGCUAUUCAAAUAUUCUAUGUCAUUAUUCAACUUGGCAGUUUUAUUGGUAGUUUUGGGGGUGGAAGCAAACACAGAUGAAAAUGAAAAUGCUCCUGCGAACGAGUUCUUCGAUAAUUAUCCGGAUAAUGCAAAGAGAUCACAUAAUAUCAUGAGGUUUGGAAAAAGAAUGAUUGAUGAUGAAUUAGAUCAAAAAAGAAAUCAUAAUAUGAUUCAUUUUGGAAAAAGAGCCUUUAGCAUAUCUGGUGACAAUAGGUUUCCAGAACUUCUUCGGAUUUUGAGAAGCGACGAUCGCGAUUGGUGGAAGAGAGGUCAUAACAUCAUGAGAUUUGGCAAGAGAGCCGAUGAUCAUCAUUUCAUCCAUUUCGGUAAACGAGAUGACGAAGAUGCAACAUCCAACGAAUAUUACGACAACAUUGAUGAUGGAGAUGAUCAUACCAUGCUUAAACGUCCUCAACACGCCCUUAUACGAUUUGGUAAGCGUUUCUUGUUUCCUCGCCCCUCUAAAUCCGAAGAAUCUCCUAAUAUGGGAAACAAGAGAUUUCCUCAUACUAUGAUUCACUUCGGAAAAAGAGAUUACGAAGAUCAGGAAUAUUCUAGUAAUUACAGUAAUGAUAAUGAAGAUAUGGUGGAUUCCGAAGAAGACUUACUUCCGAUGAAUUCCGAAAAGAGAGCCCAUUCUAUGAUUCAUUUUGGUAAAAAAGACGAGCCUUACGAACUGGACGACAAACGCUCCCAUCAAUUGAUGCAUUUUGGUAAAAGAUAUGACGGAGACGAAGAGAAAAGAGAUCACAAAUUGAUCCACUUCGGGAAAAGAUUUGAAUUAGAAGACGAUAAAAGAGCGCAUCAGCUGAUUCAUUUUGGUAAAAGGUUGGACGACGAAGAAGAGAAACGAUCGCAUUCUUUAAUGCAUUUCGGUAAGAGGUUGAAUGACGAAGAAGAAGAAAAAAGAUCACAUUCCUUGAUGCAUUUCGGUAAGAGAUUAAACGACGAAGACGAGAAACGAUCGCAUUCUCUGAUGCAUUUUGGCAAACGAUUCAAUACCGAGUUCGAUAAGCGAGUUCACUCUAUGAUCCAUUUCGGUAAACGCAUGGAUGGAGAUAUGGAUAAGCGUGGUGAUUACAAACUAUUGUUUUACCCAAAGAAAGAAGACAACCACCAUCAUAACAUCAUGCAUUUCGGGAAACGUAACGCGGAAUCAAUGAACGACGAAAUAAAUCAAGGUCCCAAAGGAGAAACGAGUAGGACGAAACGUUCGUCCAAAAAAGAAGAUAUCUCGAAAAAUAAGGUUACAACUCACACUUCUUCGAUAGAUACACCAUUUAAUAAAUCUCAGUCCAAGAAAAAUGAUUAAUUACUAAAUGUUAUUUUAAAAAAGUUUCCAACUCCAAUGCUAUCUUUAAAGAAGAUUUUCCAAAAUCCAUAAAACAGAACUCCCUUAAACACGAAAGCAAAAUCGAAGAAAUAUUAUAUGAAAAGGAAUGUGAUAGCAACUUUUAAUAGACGAAUCCUAAAUAUAAGUCAAAUAUAUAAAUAUAUAUUGUAAUUUGAGAGAUUUUAAUUUAUUUCUUUCUAAAGGGAAUGAUUAUGAAUUAUAUCUUGUUAAACAAAAAAUAAAUAAAUAAACGGUGUGUUAUAUGUUUGUUAAAAUG